AUGCUCGGUAAAGUAAUUCUCGAAGAAGCAUUCGCUCUGCCCCGGUUUGCGGAGAGGACGAGAUGGUGGGCAUCGAUGUUCGCCGUGAAUCCAGACAAGCAUGCUCGGGAGAUGACCGACAUCAACGACAUCCGGAUCCAAUACAUGGACAAAUAUGACGUGGGAUACCAGAUUCUCUCGUAUACGGCUCCUGGAGUCCAGGACGUUUUUGACCGGAAGGAAGCAGAAGCGCUGGCGACCGAGAUCAAUGACUACCUCGCAUCAACGAUCAAGGCUCACCCAGACAGGUUUGGGGCAUUUGCGUUCGUCUAUCCUCUCAUUGUGUAUGAGCAGAUGCUAACUCACCUCCCUAGAUCACUGUCAAUGCAUGAUCCGCAGCAGGCAGCACAAGAGCUUCGACGUUGUAUCACUCAGUAUGGAUUCAAGGGGGCACUAGUGAACGACACUCAACGCACAGGCCCUGAUGGAGACGAUAUGAUCUUUUACGACUCGGCGGAUUGGGAUGUAUUCUGGUCCACGGUGACUGAACUGGAUGUUCCCUUUUACCUGCACCCUCGCAAUCCCACUGGAACCAUGUAUGAGAAGCUCUGGGCAGCCAGGAAAUGGCUGGUCGGGCCUCCUCUGAGUUUUGCUCAGGGAGUCAGUCUUCACCUCCUGGGGAUGGUGACGAACGGUAUCUUUGACCGACACCCCAAGCUCCAGGUGGUCAUCGGGCACCUGGGCGAGCACCUCCCUUUCGACCUCUGGCGUAUCAACCAUUGGUUUGAAGAUAUCAAGAAGCCUCUGGGCCUGAAGGAGACGUGUAAGAAGACGAUCCGCGAAUAUUUUGCCCAGAAUAUUUGGAUCACCACCAGCGGCCACUUCUCGACACCGACGCUUCACUUCUGUCUGAACGAGGUCGGCGCUGAUCGCAUCCUAUUUUCGGUCGACUAUCCUUUUGAGAAGUUUGAGGAUGCGUGCGAGUGGUACGACAAUGCUGAGAUCAAUGAGGUGGACAGGAGAAAGAUUGGCAAGGACAAUGCGAGGAAGUUGUUCAAGUUGCCAGCUUUCAAGGACUGCGAUAUGUGA